ACAAAUAGACGCCCUCUCUUCUCGACCUCUCCAUUGUUGAUACCCUUUUGAAGCCACCAGAAAACUCUCAUUGCCAUCCUUUGAAGCCUUAGAAUCUUUCUUUCAAGAUGCAGAUCUUUGUUAAAACUCUUACCGGAAAGACCAUAACCCUAGAGGUUGAGAGCUCCGACACGAUCGAUAAUGUCAAGGCCAAGAUCCAAGACAAAGAGGGCAUCCCACCGGAUCAGCAGAGGCUGAUAUUCGCCGGGAAACAGCUUGAAGACGGUCGAACACUGGCCGACUACAACAUCCAGAAGGAGUCCACCUUGCACUUAGUGCUUCGUCUCCGCGGUGGGAUGCAGAUAUUUGUGAAGACUCUUACAGGAAAGACCAUUACUUUGGAAGUCGAAAGCUCCGACACCAUCGACAAUGUUAAAGCCAAGAUCCAGGACAAGGAGGGUAUUCCACCGGACCAGCAGAGGCUGAUCUUUGCCGGUAAGCAGCUCGAAGAUGGGCGAACCCUUGCCGAUUACAAUAUCCAGAAAGAGUCAACUCUUCACUUGGUCCUCCGUCUCCGUGGAGGGAUGCAGAUUUUUGUGAAAACCCUCACCGGAAAGACCAUCACCCUGGAGGUCGAAAGCUCCGACACCAUUGACAACGUGAAGGCUAAGAUCCAGGACAAGGAGGGCAUUCCACCGGACCAGCAGAGGCUGAUCUUCGCCGGUAAGCAGCUUGAAGAUGGCCGAACCCUCGCUGACUACAAUAUCCAGAAAGAGUCGACUCUGCACUUGGUGCUCCGUCUCCGUGGAGGAAUGCAGAUUUUUGUUAAAACUCUGACCGGAAAGACAAUUACUCUAGAGGUCGAAAGCUCCGACACCAUCGACAACGUGAAAGCUAAGAUCCAGGAUAAGGAGGGCAUUCCACCGGACCAGCAGAGGCUGAUUUUCGCAGGUAAGCAGCUGGAAGACGGCCGAACUCUCGCGGAUUACAACAUUCAGAAAGAGUCAACCCUCCACUUAGUGCUUCGUCUGCGUGGUGGUAUGCAAAUCUUCGUGAAGACUCUGACUGGGAAGACCAUCACGCUGGAGGUGGAGAGUUCCGACACCAUUGAUAAUGUGAAAGCAAAGAUUCAGGACAAGGAAGGGAUCCCACCGGAUCAGCAGAGGUUGAUCUUCGCUGGGAAGCAGCUGGAAGAUGGGAGGACCCUGGCGGACUACAACAUCCAGAAGGAGUCCACCCUCCAUCUUGUCCUCCGCCUCCGUGGUGGUUUUUAAGUAUUUCAAUGGUCAGUUGGUUCUACCUAUGUGGUUCGUCUGUGGUGUCUGGUGGUUUUGUGGGUCUCAGCCAUGGGAAAUUGGCUUUUGAAGUUUGGAAAACUAUCUACUAAAUAAAGAACGUGUUUUGGAUAUUGUGUAUAUGGUUUGAAGAUGACUAUGUCUUGAAAGGUCUCUAAUGAGACCAGUUUCUUUGCUAUUAAAUAAAAUUGGUGUGCUUCUAAUAGUA